AUGUAUAAAUAAAAUGAUUAUCUGUAAGGAUGGGAUAUUGAGUAAUCUGUGGAUUCUGAGGAAAGCGAAAAAAAAGAAGUCACUCAGAUUUCCAACAUAACGAAAACUCAACCAUCAGAUAGGCUAAGCUUUAAAAAGUUAUUCUUAAAGAGUCCUUAACUUUCACCCAUAAGAGUCAAUCCUCCAAAUCAUUAAACAACUCCACUGAGGGAAUCAAUAAAAGAAAGGUUUGUGUUUGUUAAUCAAUUAAUCAAUAAGAAAUAUGAUGUGAACAAAGGAUGUGAUUAUGAUAUUGAGCAAUCUCAUCAUGCAUUUAAUAUAAAAUUGCAUUAACCAAUCAACAUUGCAAAUUUACGAAUAAAAUUGAAUGCUCUUCCAAAAUAACCAUAACAUACGAAAGCAUACACUCAGAACUAAUUGUAAGCGAUGAUGCAGUUAAAACGCAGAAACUUGUAUUUGAGAUCGGUACUCAAAAAAGUUUGUCAUGAGAGUGAUGAACGGUAUUCUAAUCAUCAAAAAGGUCAGCAACAGGAAAUCUUUCUCGGUUAUCGAUACAUGGAUGAAGAUCUGCAGAAAUUGUAGAGUCCAAGCAACAGCAUGAAUCUCUAGUAAGUCAUUGUUUAUUAUAUCUAGAUAGCAAUCCCGUAAGAAUAGCAACAGAAGACCUGUAAAGGUGAAGCAAUAAUUGUGAGCUUAAUUAACUUUAUUUUAUAUAUUUUUUUGAUUAAAGAUAUUAAAUAAAUUAUUUAUUUGAAAUGGUAAAGAAGGAGAAGGGAAAGCCCAACCCUUUGGGUGAAGUUAGCAGAGAUUACACCAUCAAUCUUCACAAAAGGUGGUUCAUAAGGAAACAUUUCAAAAAAAAGGCCCCAAAAGCUGUCUCUUAUAUUGUUAAUUUCGGCAAGAAAGAAUAUGCUCACAGAAGAUGUCAGAAUCGACCCAUCUUUGAAUGAGGCUGUUUGGGCUAGAGGAAUCAGAAAUCUGCCCAGGAGAAUCAGAGUCAGAUUACAAAGAAAGAAGAAGGAGGAAGAUGAUGGAAAAGGCAAAUAUUAUACACUUGCUCAACAUGUUCCUGUUGAUACAUUCGAUGGCUUAAAAACAGAAAUCACCAAGUCAUAAUGAUCACAUUACAAUAUAUUAAUAUUAAAAUAUAAUAAUCAGUUAAUGCUAAAUAAAA